UCGCCCGCCCUAUAAGACACUCUGCCCCUUUCCCCGAGCAGCCCCUCUGCCGCCUAUCCGUUUCCUUCCCCCCACUUCCGGCCCCCUCCGCGCGCGCCGUGUGCGUGCGUUCGUGUUGGGCGGGCGGGUCAGUUAAAUGGGCGACCUCGAAGACGGAGACUGCCGGGAGGCUGCGGCGGCGCCCGAGGAGGAGGCGGCAGCGCCGGAGCCGGAGCCGGCCGUAGGCGGGGCCGACCACCUGGUGAUCAUGGUCCACGGGAUCGUUGGGAGCACAGCGGAUUGGAAAUUUGGAGCUGAGCAAUUCCAUAAGUUGCUAGAAGGCAGAGUCAUAGUUCAUUGUAGUAGCAGCAACAUGCACAAGCUAACUUUAGAUGGCAUUGAUGUGAUGGGUGAACGGUUGGCACAAGAGGUUAUUGAAGAAAUCAACAAAAGACCACAGAUAACAAAGAUAUCUUUUGUUGCGCAUUCCGUUGGAGGAUUGGUUGCAAGAUAUGCCAUCGGUAGACUCUAUAGACCACCUAGACAAGCACUUGCAAAUUGUCCUCAGAGUUUGAGAGACAGCAACAGAGGCAACAUACAUGGGCUUGAGGCGGUCAACUUCAUAACUGUUGCAUCACCACAUCUUGGUUCUAGAGGAAACAAGCAGGUUCCUUUCCUUUUUGGAGUUACUGCGAUAGAAAAGUUUGCGUGCUGCAUCAUUCACUUAAUAUUUAGAAGAACUGGCAAGCACCUAUUUCUUACUGAUAAUGAUGAUGGAAAGCCUCCAUUGUUGCAAUGUAUGGUGGAUGAUUCUGGGGACCUGCGGUUCAUAUCUGCUUUGCAAGCAUUUCAGCGGAGAGUUGCAUAUUCCAAUGUUGGUUACGAUCAUAUUGUUGGAUGGAGGACAUCAUCAAUUAGAGGGGCCUCCGAACUACCCAAGUGGGUUGAUUCGACAAGCAAGAUUUAUCCACAUAUUGUAUAUGAGGAACUAUCCAAAGCAGAAUCUCUUGAUCAAUGUGCUGAUGUUGCUGACAUGGACAAGGAUAACUGCACUCUAGAAGAACGGCUUUUGAGAGGACUUAAGCGUGUGUCAUGGGAAAAGGUGGACGUCAGCUUCCAUAAUAGCAAAGCAAGAUCUGCUGCACACAGCGUAAUUCAGGUAAAAGAUCCCGUCAUGCAUAGCGAAGGUGCCGAUGUCAUAAAGCAUAUGAUCGACCAUUUCGUUGCAUAGUGGACAGCCCCGAUCUCUGGAAACAAAGAUUGUGUUGUGAUCAUACACGAGUCGCUAACCGCGGAGUCGCCGAGCCUGGUGAGCACGUUUAUGGCAAUCCCAGGAAUCAAGUGUCAUAUAGAAGGCGUUCAGAAAGUCGGAAGUGUUUGUAGAUAAGUAAAUAUAUAUAUAUAUAUAUAUAUAGGGUCGUGUCGUUCUUUAAUCUUUCGCUCAUUAAUCUUUCGCAAUUAUUAUGCAAUAUGUAUGUUGUGUGCGGUGUGAGCAUAGUAUCGGCUUUGUGCUUGUAAAAUGUAAAUCUCCACCACUGUUUUAUCAAUGUUGAUACGUUGGGGCACACUUUUUAAGGGGAAAA